GUGAGGAACGGCCAUGAUGGAACAGUCAAUACCGCUUCUAGCGCUCACACUCCUAAAGAUGGUGGCAGCCGUGUAUAACGAAGGCUCGGGAUACCCGUCCGAUGAAAGCUACAACAACGAGGUUUACGUGGAACAGCGUCCACCGGCCCGCCAGCCGGACUACAUGGUUUCCCGCUGGUGCUACGACCUGAAAGUUCAGGAUGGAGAAGCGGCUUGUUAUUCUCCCCGAGGUCCGGGCUACCGCAGCACCCUCGGGACUCGCUGCAGCCUGUCAUGUGACCAGGGCUUCCGUCUGAUUGGACAGAGCGCGGUGCGCUGCCUGCAGAGCCGCCGCUGGUCUGGAUAUGCUCACUGCAGAAGGAUCCAAUGCCAUGUUCUGCCAGCAAUACCGAACGGGUCCUACCAAUGCUCGGCCGGGAUUAACGAGGGAUCCCGCUGUGACUACACUUGCCUCCCCGGCUAUCAGAUCGAAGGAGACCGCAACCGUGUCUGUAUGGAGGACGGGCUGUGGGGCGGAGGAGAACCUGUCUGUGUAGAUCUGGAUCCACCCAAAAUUCAGUGUCCACCUUCCCGCACGAAAGUGGCAGAGCCGGGAAAACUGACGGCCGUGGUGUACUGGGGAAGCCCGUUGGUGAAGGAUACGGCGGACGGCCCUAUCACAAGAGUCCUUCGCCGAGGCCCGGAACCCGGCUCCGAAUUUCCUGAAGGGGAGCACAUUAUCCGCUACACCGCCUAUGAUCGGGCGUACAACCGGGCGAGCUGCAAAUUUGUAAUAAAAGUGCAAGUGAAGAGAUGUCCUGUACUCACUCCCCCGCUCCAUGGCUACAUUACUUGCAGCGGUGCAGGAGAUAAUUAUGGAGCCAACUGCGAGUAUCACUGUGAAGGAAGCCAUGAACGCCAGGGGUUGGCCCUCAGGGUGUGCCAGUUCAGCGGGCAGUGGGCCGGAACACCAGCUACGUGUACCCCAAUGCGGAUCAAUGUCAAUGUGAAUUCAGCUGGCGCCUUUUUGGAUCAGUUCUUUGAGAAGCAGCGACUGCUGAUAAUCUCCGCUCCCAGCUCCUCCGACCGAUACUACAGGCUCCAGAGCUCUGCUCUGCAGGGAGCGAGCUGUGGCCUGGAUCAGAGACAUGUCGUAGUGGUGGAGCUCGUGGGAGAGGAGCCAAGGGAGGUGGGACGGGUCCGGUCUCAGCAACUUUCUGUGGAUCUCAUUGAACAAUUAAGGCAGGCGCUGCACAUCACAAAGUCCUAUUUUAAUGUGGUUCUGCUGGACAAGUUUGGCGUGGACCGGGAACGCUUUCGGCAGCCCACAACAUCGGACGAGCUCUUCCUUUUCAUUGACACCUAUUUACUAAGUCAGCAGGAGAUCGCACAGGUGGAGGCCAACAGAGAACACUGUGAAUAAUGGACUGGAUGUAGCCGAGGGAACGGCCAUCUGUUCCUCAAAAGGGAUAGAAUUUGUUUUUGUUUUUUUAUAAUUGCUGUUAGA